AUGCCGGGUCUGAAUGGCCGAACCGAGGUCAAUUACUAUGAUGAUACCCCAUACUGGCUGCUCCCUGACGAGUCGGAGAGCUCCUUUCUGUCUCCGAUGUAUACGAAACCGAACCCCACUCAGACGGACAAGCAACAACGCCUUGCAUGGCCUCCUAAGGGUUCCACGACAAACAAGUCGGUGGACGAGUUGUCUGGGGAGUCUGAGACGAGGGUGUGA